UCGAGAACCGGACCCGUUCGUGUUCCCUCCUGGAAGUUCCCCGAUAAACUGUCCUGUCACCUGGACAUGGUGGCUCUGCUGGACGAGUACGACUUUGUGGACGGAGACGGUGCGUCGAAUCAACACUCCCGCGUAGUCCUACUAGAACUCGUGAUUGACAGGCUCCUGCUCCUCCUACAGAGCUUCGAUUUCUACACUCAGAAUGUGAGGUGCAUCCAGCAGAGAGCGCCAACCCCACAGAAAGGAUGCCCGUCAGUUGGCGCGGUGGUCAAAAACUAUUGGAGCGCUUUACUUAAUUUUGUCGGCACCGCUGACAUCAAUGGACCUCAGACAAAACCCAAAGGAUUUGACUGUAGCACCACAGCGCCACCAACACACCCAACCCCACUGCUGCAGCCGAGAACCGAAGACUCUGGUCGUCGCUCUUCUGCCUCGUCGUCUUCUGCCUCGUCGUCUUCUGCCUCA